AUGACAAAAUCUUUCAAAGUCAUCAUCUGCGGCGCCAGUGUGUCCGGCCUGAGCCUGGCUCUAAUGCUUGAGAGGCUCGGGAUCGAUUACUUGGUGCUCGAAGCGUACCCUGAAGUCACUGCCAAUGUUGGUGCAGCCGUCGGCCUUUUGCCAAACGGGCUCAGGAUCCUCGAUCAGCUGGGAGUAUAUGACUCUUUCAAGAAGCAGUACGACUUAAAACCCAUGACUGAUGCCAAGUUCUUUUCACCGGAAGGACAAGUGUUGGCGAGCAUCAAUAUGCAUGACAUGGUCCGUUGGAUUGGGUAUCCGAUGAUUUUCCUCUCUCGGCGUUCCUGCCUCGAAAUCUUAUACAAAAGCAUUAAACACAAAGACAGAAUUCUGGUAAACAAGCGUAUCACUAAGGUUAUCAAGGCUACUUCUGGAGUAGAACUCAUUACCGAAGACGGAACCGUAUACACAGGAGACAUCCUUGCCGGCGGCGAUGGCAUUCACAGCACCGUCAGGAAGGAGAUGUGGCGACUGGGUGCAGAACUAGCUCCCGGAUACUUUCCCAAAGACGAGUGGUCAACCGUACCAUGCUAUCAGAAGGCCAUCUUCGGUAUUAGCCGCCCGCACCCGAAUUUCAAGACCUAUGAGUCAGUCAUGACUUAUAACAACGGUUUCUUGCACUCCGUCCUUCCCGGAGCAGACAAUCGGCUGUAUUGGUUCUUUUUCCUCAACCUGGAUGAACCCGCGUAUGGGGAUGAUGCUCCCAAGUUCACCAAAGAUGACGAAGCUCGCGUCGUUAAGGAGCAUAUUGAAGACCCUGUGAUGCCGGGGCUGAGAUUAGGUGAUCUAUACUCCACCGCCGAGGUUACCGUCAUGACAUGUCUGCAAGAGCACGUUUUCAAGAGAUGGCACUUUCAGAGGAUUAUAACACUAGGGGACGCGGCACAUAAGUUCAACCCUGAGACGGGGCAGGGUGCUAACUCGGCAAUCGAAACAGCCGCAGCGAUUGCGAAUGAGAUAUCCCGAUUGCUGGCAAGGACAGACAAACCGACUGACGAUGACAUCUCUGCUAGCUUUGCUCGAGUGCAGGAACAGCGGUUCGACCACGUCAAGGCCCUCGUAAAAAGGGCGACGGAGGCUGCCAGAGCAGAAACCUUCACAACGGCCAUGGGAGAGUUUACCGUUCGCCACAUCAUGCCGAAUCUUGACGCACAGACGAGCCUCAACGGAUUCAUGAGCGACUUUGUGGAUGGCGUUACACUUGAGAAUCUCCCUAUUCCAUUCAGGCCAAGACUAGUCCCAUUUUCCAAUGAGUUGCCUUCCAAACCGCUCAAAACUACAGUGUCGAGAACAGUUGCGGUUCUGACGGCUACAUUCCUACUCGCCAUGCCGGUUUAUCUAGCUCAAGCGAGGGACUGGCGCAUAUGGUCCGGUCUGACACAUAUUCCUUCAUCUCCAUGGAUCUCCACGGAAGUGAUAUCAGAUCAGGCACAGACACUAGUCUACCAUGUCUUGGUUUAUGUGCCCAUUUUCUUCAUGUGGACAUUGGAUGGCCAACGCGCCGGCAAUGGAAGCAGUGUAUCUCAAUGGCCUUUCCUGUUCUUACUCGCUUCUCAAUUGUGCGGCCCCGAAAUUGCCGUCCCCACGUAUUUCGCCUUGUCCAUUCUGAUGCCGACGUAUUGGACCACGACCGGCCGCGAGCUACCAUCGAACACCUGGCGAGAUGUGCCAGAGGCCUUGGGGAUAGGGUUCGUGUUGCCGACAGCUCUUACGCUUAUAUCCCCCAUCGCCUGGCCCCUGUGGUUUCUCGCCCCUAUACUUGUACCUAUCGCCCUUUUUGGAAUUCGCUUCUGGAAUACGAGAUCCGCUGGGCUCCGGCGAGGCAGUUCAGCGCACUCUAAAGUUGUGAACAGCCACAAGGAGAAGCCAAUAACGAUUGCCAAUGAGCCAGAUGCUAUUUAUGGGCUGAUGGUGUCCCUUCUCGCGGCCGCACACCUCUUGAUCCUUCCGGUAGUACGCCUCCCAGGCUUGUCUGGCAUUCUGGAUGCUUCUGCCUCCCAUGCGCACUUGGCCAUUAUUGCUAUGUCAGCUGUUGUCUACUCGCUUUAUAGCAUGUUCCAGCUGCGCCGUCGGGGAUAUAUAUCAACCGCACAACUGAUUGCAUGUUUUACCGCCGUUCUCGCCAGCAGCAUUGCCCUUGGCCCGGCAGCCACUUAUGUUGGGACAUCUUGGUUUGCAGACAGGACAAUCUCUGGAGUUGUCAAGGCAGUUAAUACUCCCAAGCCACCCUUAGCCAAUUGA